CUGGUAUAUUGGCCACCUACUGUGAGCAAAAAAAAAUUCGAGGAGAUGGUCAGAAAACAGGCACCUUGUGACCUUACAUGGAAAACGUAUCAAAUUAAAAAGGUCCUUUUCAAAUCAUCAUCUUAUGAGGAAGCUGAACUGCGGCUGGAGAGGUUCCAAAGCUCUUCUGAAGAAUCAGAGUUUUCCAAUAUAGAACCAAUCAUACCAAAUCUUUUAGAAGAUAUGUAUCACAAGGAUUCAGAUGAUGAAUCUGUUCUUAUGAAUGCACGACAAAAUGAUGACUUAGCUUUUUCAGACUCAUUCACAAAAUCAGUGCUAGAUGCAUGCACAUCUAGCAGCAUUCCCAAAAAUUCGGAAAAAAUAGAAAAAUCAAUUGAGGAAAUUGCUAAAGAGGUGGCGAAAAUUUCAACCGUACAGGAGCAGCUAUUAUUAAUGCUGAAUAACAUAGCCAGCACUCUCAGAAAUGAGCCUUACACUAUCGAGCAAUCUCCCAAUUGUCCAAAUUUCCCCAUUGGCCUGGAAGAAGAGUUUUUUGCUCUAGAAGAUUUUAUUAAAAAUCCCGAGCACGAAAAAUUCAUGGUGACAAGGUUGAAGUCCAUUGGUGGAAAUUCUGCUGAGGACCAUACAAGAAGAAUAUUGAGGUUUUUGAUGAGAAAUGAGCUGGCUUGUCUCUUCAAUUGGCGAGGAACCGAUAAAAAACCUUUUAGGGAUACAAAAAUUAUGCAAAUAAUUUAUGUUGCUGUGAAAAAAGAAUUUUCAUCCGCAACCGACAGUCAAAUAGAAGUUGCAACAAAGGAUUGGCUGAAAUUCGCGAAAAAAAGAUUAAAUGACGCAAAAAAAAGACUCGCUUGAAAAGAAAGAUG